AUCAACGCCGUGGCCGGAGCUUUCUCGGAGGAUCUUCCGGUGGUGUGCAUUGUGGGUGGGCCCAAUUCCAAUGAUUAUGGGAGUAAAAAGAUUCUCCACCAUACCAUUGGGCUGCCUGAUUUCUCCCAAGAACUUCGUUGCUUUCAAAAUGUUACUUGUUAUCAGGCUGUAAUUGACAGUCUGAAAGACGCACAAUGGAAGAUAGACACAGCAAUUUGCAAGUGUUUGGAAGAGAGCAAGCCAAUUUACAUUAGCGUUUGCUGCAAUUUGGUGGCCACUCCUCAUCCUUCUUUCUCGAUCCAAUCCCUCAUCCCACUUUCCCUCCCUCCCAAGCAAAGUAACCAGAUGGGUCUGGAGGCGGCGGUGGAGAAGGCAGCUCAGCUUCUAAAUAGCGCCGUGAAACCAGUGGCCGUCGCCGGAAAGAAGCUGCGCCUCGCCAAAGCCCAGGCGGCGUUCGUGGAGCUGGCCGACGCUUGUGGCUACGCCGUCGCCGUCACGCCGUCGGCGAAAGGCCUGUUCCCGGAGAACCACCCUCAUUUCAUCGGCACUUACUGGGGAGUUCUCAGCACCGCCUUCUGCGGUGAGACCGUUGAGAUCGCCGACGCCUCGCUCUUCGCCGGGCCCACUUUCGACGAACUUGAAACCGUCGGAUUCUCUCUUUGCUACAAAAAGAACAACGCGAUUAUCGUGGAGCCGGAGCGCGUCGUGUUUCCUAAUGGGCCGAGUUUUGGGCCCAUUUUAAUGAUGGACUUCCUUCGGGCCCUAACUAAGCGCCUCAAGCCCAAUCCAACGGCCUACGAGAAUUACCGCCGGAUUUAUGUUCCGGAGUCGGGUCCACUCCAGUCGGAGCCGGGCGAGGCCUUGCGGGUCAAUGUUCUUUUCAAACAUAUUCAGAAAAUGUUGUCGAGUAACAUGGCUGUGAUUUCUGAGGCCGGUGACUCUUGGUUUCACUGUCAAAAAUUGAAACUACCACAAUCGUGCGGGUAUGAGAUGCAGAUAAUCUAUGCAUCCAUUGGAUGGUCUUUAGGGGCAACUCUCGGAUAUGCACAAGCUGCAUCAAACGAACGAAUGGUUCUCUGUAUGGGUGAUGGGAGCUUUCAGAUGGCUCCACAAGAUUUAUCGACGAUGUUAAGGUUGGGACAAAGGAACAUAAUAUUUUUGAUAAAUAAUGGUGGAUACACCAUUGAAGUAGAAAUUCACGAUGGACCUUACAAUGUCAUCAAGAAUUGGGACUAUACCGCCCUCGUUGAUGCCAUGCAUAAUGCUAAUGGUAAUUGUUGGACCACCAAGGUUAAAACAGAAGAAGAAUUGGUGAAAGCAAUCCAAAUAGCAAUGGGAGAAAAAAAUGAUUGCUUGUGUUUCAUAGAGACUAUUGUCCAUCGAGAUGAUACAAGUAAAGAGUUGCUUGAAUUUGGGAACAAGCUUGCUGCCAUUAAUAGUCGUCCUCCUAAACCUUUAUAA